CAUACCCGAAGAUAGGCCCAUUCCAAUGCCCCUCUUUAUAAAACAUCACAAAAACCCUAAUUUUGAUAAACACUCUUCCAACCUUAGUUUCAGCUGCGAGCGAGUGCCUCAGAAAAUCGAAAAUGCCGUUCAAGAGGUUUGUUGAGAUCGGAAGAGUUGCACUUGUCAACUAUGGCCCAGAUUAUGGCAAGCUCGUUGUCAUCGUUGAUGUUAUCGACCAAACUAGGGCUCUUGUUGAUGCACCUGACAUGGAGAGAGUCCCAAUCAAUUUCAAGAGGCUUUCUCUAACUGAUAUCAAGAUUGAUAUCAAGAGGGUUCCUAAGAAGAAGGAUCUCGUCAAAGCCAUGGAAGCUGCAGAUGUGAAGAACAAGUGGGAGAAGAGCUCCUGGGGAAGGAAAUUGAUUGUUAAGAAGAGGAGGGCUGCCCUUAACGAUUUUGAUAGGUUCAAGAUUAUGUUGGCAAAGAUUAAGAGGGCUGGUGUUGUUAGGCAAGAACUUGCUAAGCUGAGGAAGACCGCAGCUUAGGCAUUCCUUCAUGAUACAAUUUUCAAAUUUUGUUGUUGAUUUCCUUCUAUUUAGUACAACUUGGAUGUUUGAGUGUUUUUUAUCACCAAGACAGUUAGUUAAAUGUUUGAUCCUAAGAUAUUUGUGUUACGAGAUUUAUGUUGGUACUCAGUUUUCCAUUUUUGCUUUUGAUUGCAUAUUUUUUAAUGUCGGUCUUUUGAUAAUAUAUAAUCAAGCAAGCAAGAGCUAGAGGUUUUAUUGUUA